AUGACACACCAGCAUCCACGUUAAGAUCGUACGGUUCACCAGCCCGUCACUAAAUCUUUCCGUGUGUGCUCAGAAGGAAGCCCGGUAUGAUUUUUUUAACCUCUCCGCCACAAACCACCACUCUACAAGCGGAGAGGUGAAACAUGCAACGACAUCCCCCUUCUAACUUCUCCUCUGCUGCCUGUCGGCUGGAGGUAAAGACAGUCAGCUGCAAAACCAUCCUUCGCCUUUUGAAAAUGCCAGAAAACUCUGCUAUCAAAGGUGAAAAGACUCUGUCGACAAGAGCUAGACGAUGCUUUUGCUUUUCAAUGCUGCUCCUCGUGACGACGACUUCGCUGCUCAUUUUCAACAAUUCAGACCUCCAAGUACCGUAUCCUCUGACCUUUUGGACAACGAGCUCAUGGUCCAGCCAGUCUUACAACAACGUGACCACAUCACUUGACAGAUACUUUGUGGCCUACCCACACCGGUACCAUUUCAUACGGGAUGAACCACACAGAUGCCUCCAGGAAAGCCCGUUCCUAGUCCUAAUGGUCCCAGUAGGACCCCACAACAGAGAGGCCCGAGACAUAAUCCGCAGCACAUGGGGGAAAGAAACCACGGUUCUGGGCCGAACGGUCAGCCUCUACUUCCUGCUGGGACUGUCCAAGGAGGAAAACGGUACAAAAGACCUACAGGAACAAAUUUUCCAGGAAAGCCGGAGACAUCGCGACAUUCUCCAGAGUGACUUCUUGGACAGCUACAAUAACCUCACCAUCAAAACCAUGGUCAUGUUCGAAUGGCUCAGCACUCAUUGCCCCAACACCUCUUACGCCAUGAAGGUCGACUCGGACGUGUUCCUCAACGUCCAGAACCUCGUCGACAUGCUUCUGAAAGCUCGCAAACAUCUCUACCUGACAGGGAUGACGGUCUGGGGUGCUCCUGUUCUUCGAGACCCCACCUCAAAGUGGUUCCUACCUUAUUCUGCGUACCCUGACCCAACGUAUCCCAUGUACGCUCUGGGAAUGGCCUAUGUGUUUUCUCUGGAUUUACCCAAGAAGAUAUUGGCGGCGUCUGCACAUGUUCGAGCCAUUUACAUUGAAGACGUGUAUGUGGGUCUGUGUAUGAGACAUUUGGGAAUCACACCGACGAAUCCUCCUCACAGUGGCUUGUUCAGGAACGAGGUGCCUUUUCUCAAAAGCAGCUGUUACUGGACAUCUGUCAUCACAACGUUACUGGAAAACUCUCAGCAGCUUUCGGACGUAUGGAGAACAUAUCAGACUCAAGUACAAAGUGACUGCUGAACACUUCCGCCUGUGCCUUACAAACA